CUCGGUGUGGAAUUGGCAGGCGGCCGCUGACAGGCAGAUACCAAGCUUGGCAGUGCUCUGCAUCUUUGAUCCCCCCCGCCGCCCGCCCCCGCCGUGCCUUUCUCUUUCAAAGUGUGGGCUCUGGCGUCCUUUCAACCCGAGUUACGGGUGGGCUCCUUAGAAGUGCCGAGUGGAUUCUGACGACUUAGAAGGCAGAUUCCAAACCCAAGCGAGGGGCAAGGAUGGACAAAGAGAACAAGGCAUCCACCCAGUACGGAUCCCUGGAGUCCACCAAGUGGAGAGCAGCAGAUUCAGGCAAAGAGGAUGAGAUAGUGUCCAUGGCUGACUCCACAACGACUAUUGAUGACAUUGAAGGGGAGCUCUUCAAAAUAGAGAGGAUCCGUGAAGUUCUGGUGCGGAGGGAAUCGGAACUCAGAUACAUGAUGGAUGACAUCCAGCUCUGUAAGGAAAUCACUCGGUUGAAAAAGGAGUUGCAGAAACUGAUUGCACUACCAGAGAAUAAGAAAUCGAAAGAGGAGAAGCAGCGUGAAGAGGAAUUAGUGCAGCAGAUUCACAAGCUUGUCGAGACUCGGGACUUCCUUGUGGACGAUGUGGAGUUUGAAAGGCUCAGAGAAAGAGAAGAAGAUAAGGAAAUGGCUGAAUUUCUGAAGAACAAGUUCUCCAAAGGCUGCCUUCUAAAUGCAACUCCUGCAAAAGAAAAGAAGAUGACAUCAAGAGCACAGCAAACCUCUACACCGUAUGUAACAAAGACAGGCCUCACCCUCCUGAAGGAGUGCUGUGGCUUCACCUGCUCAGUCAUGUAGGCAGGGCUGUUGCCCAUUUUCCCCCAACACAAGAUGUAUUCACGGGUAAGCCCUGCCCCCACCCCACCAACCCCUGAUCAACAGGAUUCAUUCAGAUCACAGCAGAUUCACAAGCUCGUGGAAUGGAAAUGAGGGAUUUCCCUGUGGAUGGUGUUGGCACUGAAAGUACACAUGGAAACCAUGUGUAGGCAGGACUGUCCACCCACCUGCCUAUCACAAUCGGCCUUCGUUAAUACCCAGACUGCAGUGUCGUAUCCCAAGCACAGAGCUGUGUGCUGCAGAAAAGAGCCAAACCAGGGACAAAGAUCACGAUGGCCUUCUCCACACCUCUUAAUACAACAGGCAGGGAAACAGGACCCCCCUGUUAGGAUGCUGUUUACCAAAUUGGCUACGCCAGAGAGGAUUUUGUGGAGUGGGAGUGUAAUUUCACUAUUAAAGGGAAACACUACAUGAUAGAAGGACUGAGCUCUUUGCUCUGAGCCUGGCUAUCUAAAAGCAGGAGGAAUCAGCAGAAUGCCCCCUGCCUUACUGCGUGGUGGUGUGGACUGUUACCCUUCCUCAGGCAUUCCCUGGUUAGCAAGUCAAAUGCAAACAGCUGUGAUCCAGUGGUGUUACUUAGCAACUGUAGGACACAGAGGCUCUCACUGCUCUGUAGCAAAUCUACAAAAGCUGCUUCCAAGUGCAAACUAUGACAAUCUGCUGAAGUGACAGCAUCAUGCUUACAUUGCCACCCAGUAGCAAUCCCACUCACAGAGAUCAGCUCUUCAUUCUUGUGUUUAUUGCAAAGACAGGUUGCUAAUUGAGGGUUGCUUCAUACAUGAUGAUUUUCCUCUAUAGAUUUGGGUAAAUGGAUGUAAGAAAUAAAUGUGUACAUUGUCAUGCGUCAAUGCACAUGUGUGUCUUGCUGUGUGUACAUGGAUUGGGAACCAUGGCCUAUUGCUCCUUCCCAGCACAUAUAUAUGUGGUGAAAUAGACCCUUGCAGGAUCUUCACACAUGGCAAUGGACACAGAUGUUUAUUCCUAUACACAUAUACGGGAAAUGACAUGUUUUAAGCAGCCCUGUGAGUCCCAGUAAAGAUGGAUUUUCUAGCCUUAAACCAUCCCUAGCAGCACAUCCACUCUGCUUUUUGAAACUUCUAGGGUAAGUUUCAAUAGCAUCAACUUCAAAACAUCCGGAAGCUGAUCUAUAACUUAUCUAUGUUUUACCACAACCUACACCCACUUUAGGACCUUCCCUCGGUGGCAAACAGUUGUUCUUCCAUGAUCUGCUAGCCAUUUUAAUAUUUGGGAACUGCUCUGAUCCUCCCCCAUGAGAGGAGACCUGGCCUUGUGGUAGCAAGCAUGACUUGUCCCCUUAGCUAAGCGGGGUCCACCAUGGUUGCAUAUGAACGGGAGACUUGAUAUGUGAGCACUGUAAGAUCUUUCCAUUAGGGGAUGGAGCUGCUCUAGGAAGAGCAGAAUGUUCCAAGUUCCCUCCCUGGCAUCUCCAAGACAGGGCUGAGAGAGAUUCCUGCCUGCAACCUUAGAGAAGCCUCUGCCAGUCUGUGUAGACAAUACUGAGCUAGAUGGACCUAUGGUCUGACUCAGUAUAUGGCAGCUUCCUGUGUUCCACUCCCAUGAAUGCCAUUUACUCUGCAGCCCUUCCUCCUGAGAUGCCUUGCCUGUUGCAAAUUGUUUGGACAGGUACCUUCACACUCUUUGAAUCUAAACCGGAAUGUUGGAGUUUGAAUACUGUGCUACAGGAAACAGGGGGCCCACAGAUUCCUCUUCAAUAAAGUCUUUCCCCAUGGAUCUCCAGGUAGUUCCCAACCAUCUCUCACUGUCGAUUCUGCUUCCGCCAGCAGUAAAUGUAGGGAACACAGCAGGCAUUAGACAAGGCAAAGAGCUUGUCAUCUGGGUAUCUGGCCAUUAUGAUGCCACUUGAUCCUGCCUGAGCUGGGUUGGCCAGGAGCUGAAGCUGAGACGGUCUACUCAGUUGUCACAUUGAAAGUGAAGCUCCACAGAAUUUUGUGCAUCCACCUCUUGGUUGAAAGUGCUGGGACGAACAGAUAAGCAUGGAAUUUCUGCUUUUGCAGAGUCGUCCUCUUUCCUAUUUGCCAUCUUCAUUGAAUAUCUUCUGGGAGAUACCAGUGAUUAGGGUUCUGUUGUUGCAUGGUUGGUGUCAAACUCUAGGAGAGGUCAUGGUUAGGAAAUGUGUGCAUCUUGCAUUCUUUUGAAGAACAAUGACUAAUGGGCAUCCAUGUGGAUGUAGUAUAUCCUUUUAUAAACACCAGCAUCAACACCAAUUGGAUUCAGUCAUUCAAGCCCAGAGGGGACGUGGAUCAAAAGCUCAGAGCAAAAACCUGUGCUAAUGGCUUCACUUGUGCUAAUGGCUUCACGCUCCAGGUAGGAGGGAAAGUGAAGAUCACAGCUGCAAAAAGAGAAUGACACAGUAGCCAAAGGAGAUGAAUUGAAAGUGAUUAGGUUGAGAUUAGGGAGAAAGGGGAGAGACUGGCAUUCUGAAUUGCCAAGAAAGAUGGGAUGCUUCACCUAGCACAAGCAAAUGGUUAGUAUAAGUCACAUUGUUUUCUUUCUGUCUGCCUUUUAAAAAAGGGAACUCGACUAUAUACAUAGAAAAAUAUAUAUGCACCGUGUAUAAUUAUAAUUAUACACGGUGCAUAUAUAUUUUUCUAUGUAUAUGGUCUGGUUCUAUGGUCCGUGAUAUUUUCAAAGUGGCCAUGAGAGCACAGAUCUGAUAAAGGCACACUUGACUUGCUUUGAGCAAAGAGAUAAGAUCUUAUAAAUCAGAACUCACAAUAUUAGCACAGAGAAAGGUUAAAGAAGACAUGGUUCUAUGCUAGCAUAAUUCCUCAUAAACAUUUUCCUGGUGGAAUCAUACAUCUGGCCUGCAGACUAUGUUCAUAUAUACCAGGACCACACAUGUCCAGACUUUAGGCCUGUAUGAACUACUCAACCAGCUUGAUAGACCUGUUUGUGUAUAGGUCAGGCUUGCUUUGUUUUCAGCUUUCCAUGAUGGAGAACUCUAUUAAAGAACUCUAUUAAAAGCUCUGAGCUGAUCCUCCUUGUCCACUCA